UAUUCCUCCUCCCCCAGCUAUUGCACUUAGGUUCUCCAAGAUGGCGGUGGUGGUUGCUGUUAAUCUUUUGGUUAUUGGCAUCUUCUGUAUUGGGUCCUCAGUGUUUGGAUUUUCGGUUUAAUGAUUGUAGCAAUAGUGGUGAAAGAGGUCAUGAAGCGAUCGGCUUAAUGGAGUGGGAAGCUGUGCAGCAUUGCUAUAUUCAUUUGGUGAACUCUUUCUGGAGAAGUUUUAGUAGAUCAUGCAGUUAAUGACACCUCAUUAAAAUUGCGAGUGUUUAAGAAAAGCUUUGACACGAUUUCUUGCUUGCGAAAGGGAGAAAUUCGGGUCAGAAAACGCCUAUGCUAUGGUGAUCUGUUUUUUAUCUUCCGGGAGUUUGGUUUUGCACCGUCUGGAACUUGUACAACAUCGGGAUAAAGGAUAGAACCUCUAUGGAUGUACAUAAUCCUUCACCAUGGUAAAACUUGCAAACCCCCUGUACACACAGUGGAUUUUGGAGGCGAUCAAAAAGGUGAAAAAGCAAAAACAGCGUCCUUCGGAGGAGCGGAUUUGUAAUGCAGUAUCUUCAUCGCAUGGUCUUGAUCGCAAAACUGCUCUAGAACAGUUGGAAUUAAGUGUAAAAGAUGGAACCGUUUUAAAAGUAACCAAUAAAGGUCUGAAUUCCUAUAAGGACCCGGAAAACCCUGGGAGAAUUGUUCUUCCAAAACCUCGGAAUCAUGGCAGGCUGGAAAAUAAGUACAAUAUUGAUUGGAAUAAACUUAUUAAAAGGGGAAUUGAGAGUCUUGCUGAGCCAAGUGGCUCUUCUGUGAAAAAUAUUGAACGGUUUCUUAAAAACCAGAAGGAUGUUGCUGGACUUUUUGGGGGCACUAUUCCUUCCGCGUUUCACCAUCAGUUGCGACUGGCAGUAAAACGAGCAGUCGGACAUGGACGAAUCAUUAAAGAGGGACGUUUGUAUAGACUUAAUAGUAAACUAGCCGCAGACAGGAAAAAUAACUGUGAAUCUAUUGCCUCUUUGCCACCUGUAUCACUGCUGCCGCAUGAAAAGGACAGGCCUGUUGCUGAUCCAAUCCCAAUCUGUAGUUUCUGUCUGGGUACAAAAGAGCAGAAUCGGGAGAAGAAGCCAGAGGAGUUGAUCUCCUGUGCGGACUGCGGCAACAGUGGAUAACAUGUUGUUCUGUGACUCCUGUGACCGGGGGUUUCAUAUGGAGUGCUGCAACCCACCUCUUUUACGAAUGCCGAAAGGCAUGUGGGUGUGUCAGAUCUGUCGGCCAAGGAAAAAGGGAAGAAAACUGUUACACAAGAAGGCAGCUCAAAUAAAACGACGUUAUACAACACCGAUUGGAUGUCCCAAGAACAGGUUAAAGAAGAAGAAUGCAGUGUCAAAAGGUCCCUUCAAAAAAGUCAGAGGUGCAUCAGACCGGGGUCGGAAAAGAAAGAUUUCUUCCAGACGCCUUUCUUCCUCGUCAUCAGAGGAGGGGUAUCGGGACAGGUCCAGCUCCUUGGACUCUGGUGCUGACUGUGACACUGCAACAUUGAAGUUCAAUAAGAAAACCAAAGGGCUGAUUGAUGGCCUUACCAAAUUUUUCACCCCUUCUCCAGACGGACGUAAAGCACGGGGAGAAGUGGUAGACUAUUCUGAGCAAUACCGGAUCAGAAAAAAAGGUGCAAGGAAAUCGAGCACUUCAGAAUGGCCCUCAGACAAUCAAGAUGGCUGGGAUGGAAAGCGUGAGAAUUCUGACCGGCCGCUGAGUAGCCAGGACAUGACAGAAGACAUUGAAAUGUUUCAAAGCAUUCAGGAGCAAGCAUUACAGAAAGUUGGGGUUGCCCUCGAUCCUCAGGUCCGAUGUCCCUCCGUCAUAGAGUUUGGUAAAUACGAAAUCGAGACGUGGUAUUCAUCACCAUAUCCCCAGGAGUACUCCAGGUUGCCCAAAUUGUACCUGUGCGAGUUCUGUCUCAAGUACAUGAAGAGCAGGAACAUUCUGCAACAGCAUAUGAAGAAAUGUGGCUGGUUCCACCCCCCAGCCAAUGAAAUUUACAGGAAAGACAAUGUCUCUGUGUUUGAGGUGGAUGGGAACAUUAGCACUAUAUACUGUCAAAACUUGUGUUUACUGGCAAAGCUUUUCCUGGAUCACAAAACACUCUACUAUGAUGUAGAGCCAUUUCUUUUUUAUGUUUUAACACAGAAUGACACCAAAGGCUGCCACCUCGUGGGCUAUUUUUCCAAGGAGAAGCAUUGCCAGCAGAAGUAUAAUGUGUCCUGCAUUAUGAUCCUUCCUCAGUAUCAACGCAAGGGCUAUGGGAGGUUCCUCAUUGACUUCAGUUAUCUUCUAUCAAAAAGGGAAGGGCAGGCUGGGUCCCCAGAAAAGCCAUUAUCAGAUCUAGGACGGCUGUCAUAUAUGGCCUACUGGAAAAGUGUGAUAUUGGAGUGCCUUUACCACAAUCAUGACAAACAACUCAGCAUUAAGAAGCUCAGCAAACUUACAGGAAUCUGUCCUCAGGACAUCACCUCCACUCUGCGGCAUCUGCGCAUGUUGGACUUGUAUCGCAGUGAAAGGUUUGUGAUUAUCCGGCGAGAAAAGCUAAUCCAAGACAACAUGGCAAAGUUGCUGGCAAAUCCACGCCCUCUUGAGGUAGAUCCUGAAGCCCUACGUUGGACACCAGUGAUCGUCUCUAACUCUGUAGUGUCUGAUGAAGAGGGAGAAGAAGAGGAGGAGGAAGAGCAGUUGGAGGCACCAGAGCGAGAGACUGUCAAGGCCAAAGCUUGGGAGAGAGAAGAGCAAGAGCAUUCCAUUUCCAUUCAAAAUGGAGAGAAGCUAGAAACUGCAGUACCAGUCAACAGUCUGUGUGCAAACAGAAAAGCACUUUCUCUGGACAGUCUUCCUGCAAACCGUGAACUUUCAUGCCGGGGGAGGUGGGGCAGGAAAGGCAAGAAACGAAGGGGACGUUUCAGGGAGAAGGACAAACUUUUGUUUGAAAACAGUGGUAAAGUUCCGCAAAGAAGGUUCAGUGAUGGUGUCGAAAUUCAAAGAGGCAGACUAAAGAAAAGUGAGGGAACUUUGAAAAGGCGGUUUUCUGAGAACCGUGGGAGACUCUGCAGGCGAUUCAGUGAUGGUGACGAGAGACAUUUCAGUGAGAGCAGUGAGGAGGAUAGGACAGCAGCAGGGACUCGAUCAAAUUCUCCACCAGUGCUUACAAAACCUACACCUACACUGGGAAGCCUAAAACGAAAGAAACCUACCAAGAGGCGUUUUCGUAAACACAAGCAUCACAACAGCAGUGUUGUAACAGAAACCAUCUCGGAGACCACAGAAGUCCUGGAUGAGCCAUUUGAGGACUCUGACUCUGAGCGCCCAAUGCCCAGGCUUGAGCCUACCUUUGAGCUGGAGGAGGAAGAAGGUGGGACUGUAAAACAACUCCUUUCCAGAAGUUAUCUCCGCUGUUUACCUCCAAAAACUACCAUGGCACAGACAUCUGUUUCUAAAAGGAAAUCUAGGGAGGCAAAUGCAUUGUCUGAUGAAGAAGGUACUCCCAUUCUUAAACCUGUGUGUUCUUUGGGGAAGCCUGAAGGAAAGAAUGCUUUAUGUUCACCAGACACUUCCACACCAUUAAAAAAGAAGAAGGGGUGGCCCAAGGGUAAAAGUCGCAAACCAAUCCACUGGAAGAAAAGGCCCGGUCGAAAACCAGGUUUCAAACUUAAUCAGGAAACGAUACCAUUGCCGGCUACAGAGACAAGAGUUAAUCAACCAGUGUCGCUUGGUAGACCAGGACGGAAACCAAAAAUCCAAACCAAUGUAGUUCGGGUUGAGGAAAAAUACCUUCCAUCUGAGGAAAAGAAAGAGGAGAAUGUAAAUUUGGAUGCAGAAGAGGAAGAAGAAAGUGAGUCAGCUACUUGUAAAGAUAGGGCAGUUUCACCAGCAAAUGCCAGUCCAAUAGCAGAUGUGAAAGAGGCUGAUGCGGAAGAGGUUGAAGAGAAGCCAAGAUUAACAGAAGACUCUAGGCAAACAGAUGAAGAACAGGAAGACCUUGAUGAACAAGAUCACGAGGAAGAGGAAGAAGCCGUAGUAUCUAUAGUAACAAAUCAGAAUGAGGAUCAUGAUGCAGAUGAUGAAGAUGAUGGUCAUCCUGAGUCAGCAGAGAAAAAAGAAGAAGCCAUUGUUAUGGAAGGAGUGAAGGAAGAACCAGGUAUUCAGGAGUCUUUUUUAGGGACAGUCACACCAGAUGACAAAGAAGAUGAAAAGGGGAAAAUUAUGACAGACCCAGAAUCUGAGGAAGAGCAAGCUUCGAAUGAAAUAUCAAUGGACUCUGAUCAUGUCCAUGGUUUUGAUGAGGAUCAUUUAGACGAUGAAAACACUAAAGAGAGAUUAAUGCAAGACUUCAAGGAGGAGGAAGAGUCUGUGAAUCAUGAAUUAGAUUUGGAAACUGUUCAGGCUGUUCAGUCCCUAACUCAAGAGGAAAGCAGUGAGCAAGAUGGAAGCUAUCAAGACCGUGAAGAAACCCUGGCAGCUUGUCAGACUCUGCAGAGCUAUAACCAAGCUGAGGAGGACCCCCAACUGUCUUUGGUCGAGGAUUGUCAUGGCUCUGAACACAACAGCCCAGUUUCUUCUGUUCAUUCUCAUCCCAGUCAGUCUGUUCGCUCAGUCAGUAGCCCGAACAUUCCCGCACUUGACAACAGUUACACACAAAUUAGUCCUGAACAUGGAUCCCUUUCCGCACCCUCUAUGCAGAACAUGGAGACAAGUCCCAUGAUGGAUGUGCCUUCUGUUUCGGACCAUUCUCAGCAGGUAGUGGAUAGUGGAUUUAGUGACUUGGGCAGUAUUGAGAGCACUACGGAGAACUAUGAAAACCCCAGCAGUUAUGAUUCUACCAUGGGAGGCAGCAUUUGUGGGAACAGCUCUUCACAAAGCAGCUGCUCAUACAAUGCAUUGUCUUCCUCCAGUAGUCUCACACAGAACAGUUGUGUUGUUACUCAGCAGAUGGCCAAUGUAAGUAACAGUUGUAGUAUGAUGCAACAGAACAGUGUCCAGACUCCAUCCAACUGCAGUAUCAAAUCCCCCCAAAGCUGUGCAGUUGAAAGGCCUCCUAGUAACAGUCAACAGCAGCAGCCACAACCACAGCCACAGUCACAAACACAGCAAACCACAGCUCCUCCCCCUGCACAGCAGCAACAGCAGCAGCAACAGCAGCAGCAACAGCAACCACAGCAGGUUUCUUUGUCACAUUGCAGUAUGAGCAAUAGCUUCACUGCAGCCCCAAUGAUCAUGGAAAUUCCUGAGAAUGGCAGUGCAGGUAACAUCAGCAUCUAUGAAAGGAUGGGUCCAGGGGAAUUUGGCGCUGGCAGCUACCCCCAACCAUCAGCCACAUUUAGUUUGGCUAAACUUCAGCAGCUUACAAACACCAUUAUGGAACCUCAUCCCAUGUCGUAUAGCCACUCUCCUGCUGUUACUUCCUAUGCAACCAGUGUUCCACUCUCCAAUGCAGGUCUUGCUCAGUUGGCUUCAUCUACUCAUCCACAUCAAGCACAAGCCACUAUGACCCCUCCACCAAGCUUGGCAUCUACAACUAUGAAUUUAACUACACCCCUCCUGCAGUGCAACAUGCAGACUACAAACAUUGGUAUUCCUCAUACCCAGAGACUGCAGGGACAGAUGCCAGUUAGGGGUCAUAUUUCUAUCCGCUCAAAAUCUGCACCUUUGCCUGCUGCAGCCACUCACCAGCAACAAAUAUAUGGCCGCAGCACACCAGCAGUAGCCAUGCAAGCGGGUCCUCGGGCCCUGGUUCAGAGGAGUAUGAAUAUGGGAGUCAAUAUGAUGUCUACUGCACCCUACAAUGUUACACCCAUGAACAUGAACACUUUGAAUGCCAUGAAUAGUUACAGGAUGACACAGCCCAUGAUGAACAGCAGUUAUCACAGCAACCCAGCUUACAUGAACCAGACCGCACAGUAUCCUAUGCAGAUGCAGAUGGGAAUGGUGGGGGGUCAGCCCUAUAGCCAGCAGCCUAUGCAGCCCACCCCUCACGGAAAUAUGAUGUACACUGGCCCUUCCCAUCACAGUUAUAUGAGUGCUGGUGUAUCUAAGCAGUCUCUUAAUGGACCUUACAUGAGGAGAUAGAUGCAUCCAGAAACAAAUAUAAAUAUAUAUAUAUAAAUAGAGGAUCUUUUUAUACUGACACAAAUGAGGCAGCAGUGAACCUUUUUCCAGUUCCAAUGUUGCUGUAGACUUAGAUGUUUAAGGAGACGGGCUCUGACUGUUUUAUUUUUAAAAAGCCUUGUCUUUUUUCAGUUUUUUUCUUCACAGUCCUGAAACAUUUUACAGCAAAUCCAUUUAAAGGUUUUAGGGAGAAGAAAGAAACCAUGCACAAAAUCUUUUAAUAAUAAAAAAGCCUUACUUUGAAAAAAGCAAAAUUGUGUAAAAGUGAAAUUGACUGCAUUUUUAUAUUUUAUAAAUUAAUUAUUUUUUUCUUUUGUUUACUUCCCCAUUCUGCAUUCUCUUUUUGAGUGUUUUAAUAGAAAUAGGAAAAUAUUCAUAACUCCCAGGGCAAACGAGUUCAUUUUUAAACCCAUUCUGUUGUAUUUUAGGAGGCACUUACAUGACAUUUGACAUGUGCAGUAUGGUGAUCUAAUGAUAUUCUAGCAGUAGAUGUGACUCCCUGUGCUGUGACUGUAAGCAAAAGCAGUACUUUUUUGUAGUCUAAGGCCUCACAUUCUGGCAUUUUGUUUUACUGGUCCCAUUCUGGCAUGCUCUGCAACUUUCCUAAAAAAAUGCAACAUUCUUUUUGGUUACAUUAUUUAAACAUUACUUUGUAAUUGAAAGCCAUUGUACUUUAUCUGCCUCAGAUUUUACUUUCUUUUAUCCUAAUAUUUAUAUGUAAUGUAACUUUCAACUUGCUCAUUUAGAGUUUAUCAGUUUUCUGGUCAGAAAUCAGUGCUUUCAGUUACGGGGGAGGUGGAGGCACUCCUGACAUGCAUUUAUCUAUUUUUUGUGGUGUGAUAUACCACUCCAUGCUAACAUUAUACAAAUGCUGGCUGUUACUUUGUGUAGGAGACUGUCUUCAAAUAACUUGUUGCUUGCAGUUUUCAUUUCCUUCACAAGGUGGAGCUGCACUUUUCAUCACAGUAUGUUAACAGUUUAAUUUAUUAGUCCAUUCUCUGAGACUGCACUGUGUCAAGGGGGGAAGUCAAACCUUUUAUCAUAUGGUUUAGAAAGCCAUCAAAAAUUGGUGGUGGGUUAGAUUAAAGAUUAACAGGAAAAUCUGUAUGCUUCCUUUCGGAAUUUCAUAUUGCAUAAUUGAAAAAAUCUAAAUUUACCAAGCCUGGUUUCUGACCUGCCGGCAUUUGAGGUUGGAAUGUUGGAACCUUUAAUUGUUACACUCAUAGUGUUGUGGUUUGUAUUUAAUGUUCCAUUUUGAGAAAGGGAGUCACUGGAUGUCAUUUUGUCCCAUUGUUUUACUUGUUAUGGCCUGCAAGCUUUUUAAGGAUGACAAAAGAGUAACAGUCCUCUCCCUGUUUUGAAUUUUAUUAGUUGUGGUUUAAAAUGAGCAAAGAGGAAGGGGAUGGCAGUGGUGUUUCAUUUGAUUACCCCCACUCCCUUUCCCAGUCCCUCUGCUCAUCUUGUGAAAACAUCUUUGCAUUUUUUUAGUGCAAAAAUAGUCAAGUACGAUAAUACACCCAGUUAAAAUUAAUUGAAAAAGUAUUCCAGUGUUCUAACCUUGAAUGUAAAAAGCUGUUUUAAUAAAAGGCCAGGAACACACUUAAAAAUUAAACAAGGCAUCUCAAUAUAUGUGUAUUUUUUUAUUUUGUUGCGCUUGUUUUGGAUUUUAAUCAAGCGGCUUCCUCUCAUGAAAACAGAGCAAACUCUGUAUGACUGUAGACUAUUGUAGAAAUUUUUUUUCCUGUAUUUUAAAACUGAAAAAUUGUCCAACAAUGAUAAUAUUGGUACUUGUCAUUUUUUCACUUAUGUUUCAAAAACAAAAAGAUGUAUUUUUUGACAGGAUAACUUGGGUAAUCUAAAAAGAAAAAAAAUCACUGUUUAGUGACUCUGAUGCCUUUAAAAAAGCUUUUUUUUCCAUUUCAUUCCAUCUUUAAGAUUUUCUAUCUUUGUUGUAGAAUAUUAAAAAAAAACUAUUUUAAGAAAGAAAAGUUCUCUUUAAAAUUCUUUAGUGUGUGUGACUAGAGCUCCUGAUGCCUCUGAAAGCCGCAUGUAAAAACUGAAGCUGAAUUUAUAUAUAUAUAUAUAUAUAUAUAUAUAUAUAUAUAUAUAUGUAUAUAUAUAUAUAUAUAUAUAUAUAUAUAUAUAUAUAUUUGUCUGUUUAUAUUUGCUUUCCCUGUUUUUUGUAAUAACCUAUUUGUACUAUGUUCAUGGUGAGUUGUAAGCUAAGCAUAAGGGGUUGCUUUUGAAGCCCUAAUACUUCUGUCAAACUCAUGGGGGCUAGCUCCCUUUCUCUCCUUGUAUGUAAUAUCACUUUUCCCCGUUUCUAGCAAGUACUUUCAAAGACCUCUGUACAUUUUAACAUAAAAAAUAAAUUAUGUUGAGCCAUUUUGAAA